CGCUGCCUGUCUACCUGACAAGCCAGCACAAAGAGCGGGGGAGAAGAGGCUCGGUUGCUCCCACGUCGCCCGCCCCAGCGCGUUGGAGCUGCGGAGCGGGGCGCAGUUUUCUCUCCGUCCCGCGAGGGGAGCCUCCCUGCCCUUCCCGCGCCGUCCACGCCUCGCCCUGGCGGACUGGAGCCUGGGUACCACUGGCUGAGCGUCAGGCGGACCCCGGCAGUGAUGUUCUGAGCGCGGAAGGGAGCGCGGGGUGCCUCCUCGGCAACUCUUGGGGCGCUUUUCCUCUCUCCCUCUUUGAUCUUAACCCUCCUUUUUCGCUCUAAAUUUAACAGUUGCAAAGACUAACUGUUGAUCGGUCGAGCAACGCGAGGCGCGAACCAAACGCAGGGGUUCUGGGCAUAGACAUUCUUUGGCCAUGGAUGUAUUCAUGAAAGGAUUUAAUAAAGCUAAGGAAGGAGUGGUGGCAGCAGCAGAAAAAACCAAGCAAGGUGUGGCAGAAGCAGCAGGGAAAACCAAAGAAGGUGUCCUCUACGUGGGGUCAAAGACCAAGGAGGGAGUUGUUCAUGGUGUCACAACAGUGGCUGAGAAAACUAAAGAGCAAGUGUCAAAUGUAGGGGGAGCUGUUGUCACUGGAGUGACGGCGGUAGCACAGAAGACUGUGGAAGGCGCUGGAAAUAUUGCUGCAGCCACUGGCUUUGUCAAGAAGGAUCAGUUGGCCAAACAGAAUGAAGAAGGUCUUACACAGGAAGGAAUUAUGGAUAACACAGACCCAGCAGAAAAUGAGGCCUAUGAAAUGCCUCCUGAGGAAGGAUACCAGGAUUAUGAACCAGAAGCUUGAAUCUCACCUUUCUUUCUAUCUCUUGCUACAUGUCAAUGAAAACAUCUUGUCCUGUACAAGUGCUGAGUUCCAAUGUGCCGAGUUGUAAACUACUUUUUAUAGUUUUUAUAGUGUCUUGAAGUUUUCCAUCAGCAAUGACUGGAGCAUCUAUAACUGUGUUCACUUUUUGUUUCUGUGACCAAUCUCCUUCUGAAAUGGAGCCUGGGUCUAAGCCAUUGUUGUUGUUUGGAUAUUGUGGCUUCAAGUUCUAAACACUUUGAAAACAAUUUAAAGAACACCUAAGUGUCUACUCCUUAUAUAGAAAGCUGUAAAUGUUUUGUUGAUAGAUCGUUAGUAAUUGAGUAUUGUUUAUGGUACGAAAGUUUUUAAAAUGUUUUCUAUGGUCAUUCUUUGCUAUCUGAGAAUGACAUCAUUGUGAAAGUUGUUAAUAUAUUUCUAUACAUAUAUACAUAUAUAUAAAGUAACUGAGCAUGAGCUAUGCACCUAUAAAUAUUAACUGUGGAAUUUUACUGUUUUGUGAUAGGUUUUACUAACUUGUAUCUAUAAAUAAAGAUGGCCAACUGGAAUAAAUAAAACACAUUGCCUGUUCAGAAAGGAGCUGCUAAGUUGGCUUUGAAUAAUUAGUACUCCCCAUCCCAAAGUGCUGUUCCUAAGGGUGCUUCACACAUUAACAGUUGCAAGUACAGGUUGACUGCUGUGAAUAGAAACAACAGGGAACUGCAACCAGUGUUGGUUCCUUGGAACUAAUCAGGGCACCAGCUUGCCUUGGAAAAGCCAAACUCCAGGAGUCUACCAUCAGCCCUCCUUAUCUCCACUUCUUUUCCAAACAACAUUAUGAAGGCUGAUCAUAGAUUACAAAGUCUGAUUUCUCCAAACCCAAAGCACAUCUUUGGGUUAGGACAAUAUAGUAAGCCUAAAACCUCAGCUGAAAAGCAGCAUGCAACAGCAGGUAAAAUGACAAUGUGCACUGAAUGUUUUAACAGUUUAUGUAACCUAAGAUAAAUGUUGGUAGAGAAGUUUAUCAAUAAUUUUUAAUCAUGCUAGCCCAUGGGGUACUCAUAAUGAUCUUUUAAUAACAUUAAUCUUGUUCAGGUGGAGUAUGUGAAUGAAUAUCAGUUGUUUGAGGGCUUCUGUUGGGGAAUACUAUUGCCUUUACUGCUGUUUAUAAGCAGUUUGGAAACGUUUGGCUGAUUACAGUAGGAAACAUGAAUCAUGGUAUUAAUGGACCAUCAGACUGAUCCACAAGGGUUCUUCUUAAAUGUGUGUUUAGUUAGCAUGAUUUACGCAAGUAUGCAGCUAAGCUCGUCAUAAAAGUUUCAUUGCUGGGAAACAUCGUUUUAAUAUUUUAUGAAGCAGAAU